AUGAGUGAUUCACCUAAUCUGCUGUCUCCACUUCUUGAUGACCCACUCGAUAUAAUCAAUUCUCAUCAACCACAUUCAGAACCAGGUGCUGGGGGCAGCAGCCACAAGCCUAGAAAGGAUCCUGGACCGACUCCGCAUGAUGAAGCAAAAUCAAGGCAUCCAGAGGACCCAGCAGCCAAUGAUGAGAUUCCUGAUACCGCGAGUUCCAUGCCAAAGGAUGUUCCAAAAACGAACACCAAGGCCCAUUCUUCAAAGACAGAGAAUCGUGCCCCCAGUGCUAGCACAGCCAGUGUGGCCCCUAUUCCAACUACGUCCAUCAAGCGGAAGCAUCGACCCAAACCCACUACGUCUUUACCUCCAAUCACACCGUCGACGUCGUCCGCUUCGUAUAGUGAAUUAACUAGUAGUAGCGCACUCACCACGCCGCUCAUCACCACGACGCAUCUCGCCACAGUCACUUCCUUCACUUACGUAUCCUCCGCCAUAGCUAGCAUCUCUCCAACGUUGGUGAAUGAAAGUGUGAAUGCAAGCAGUGGUGGGUCGCCUGGUGCCAAUAUCGCCGUCCCCGUCAUCAUCAGCGUUCUCUCAGGUGUAUUCCUGAUUGCCAUGAUCGUGUUUGUAAUGAGCAAAUUGAAGCAAAAACGGAAAAAUCGUGAAACCUGGUCCAUGUAUAGAGAGGAACCAUGGCGAAAUCCGUUUAGAGAAUCCCUUGAUCAAUAUCAUAGUCACUACUAA